CGGUAACUUACCCUGUACCGAUCUUGUGUACGAAGCCUCAAUUGAUCAGCCCAUCCGGACGAGAGGGUACAAGAUUAUCAUCUUGCAGCAUCGUGAAAAUCCAAGCUGAUUCCUCAUGGGAAAAGGAUCAGAAGUUGAACCGGGGUUACAUUUGCGACGUCAAUCUCAAGGCAACAGGCCCGAUGCAGAAAUGAGUUGACACAGCCCCAUGUCAGUUGGGCGAUGACCCCACACAGAGGAUUUGCUCAAAGUGACGACGCCGAGAAGGGUCCAACUUGCCAGCAAGGAAUCUACGUUCCGGCAAUUGCAAAGAUCGAUGCUCUGGAAGAUCGAUCUCACCGUCAUUGUCUGUUCCGCCGGGAUUGUGGGUUUCUCUCCGUUCACAGUGCUAGCACAUGCGACUGGGACGCGGGGUACGGGGUAAGAGAGGUACGGGACUUUAGCCUCAACACUUUCGAGAAACCGGAUCGAAAACGCCUUGCGAGUGGCCAUGAUUUGAUACUUGCGUCCAAACGUGCAGCAAGCUUUCUAGACCAUGUGCCAGUGCCUGUGCCGCUCUCCUACGGCACGAAUGGAGCAAUGGAAUGGUUGAAAGAGACACCGAGAGUCACUGGCCAAGAUGGGACCGCGCCUCGGACACCGGAGUGUGAGCCAUUCCCGCGGAGGAAGGAGGAGGGAGUGGGGCAGCCAGGAGCGGGGCGGGCGCGACGAGUGGGGCCUCUGGAUCCCGCGGCGGAGCACGUGACUGAUCCUGUUGGCGGAGCGCGGGGGCGGAGGUGGAGAACCCCUGUCGCCACCACCGGGAUACGCAAUACGCAAUACGCAGGCAUUGCAAAAAAUAUCGACGGAGAUGCCGAGAAGAGCCCGCGACGGCGGAGGGCGGAGGGCGGAGCAAGUCACAUGGCCAUGGGGAAGCCCGUUGCCCCGAGCCUCGCGGGGCGGAGCGGGGAGGAGUCGACGACUGUGUAG